AUGAGGAACCCGCGAGAACUCGCGGACCGUUCGAAAUAUUGCCGCUUCCAUCGGCAGCAUGGACACGACACUGAACAGUGCCAUGAAUUGAAAAGGCAAAUUGAGGAGCUCAUUCGCAGAGGGCAUCUCGGCCAAUACCUCCGGCCGGACAAAGAGCUGUCACCAUGCCCGGAAGGCCCCAUCGAGCGACACGUCGACGUAAUAGCUGGCGGUCCCGCAUCGUGGGGGGGCUCCAUGUCGGGAAGAAAGGCGUACGCCCGAGCCGCCCCAGACGAAGCCCCCGGACACGGGCCCGAGCCCGAGAUUACUUUCCUAACCGGAGUAUCUGAGCAACCCGAGCACGACGACGCUCUCGUGAUAUCGGCCAGGGUAGCCAACGCGCAGGUGAGAAGGAUCAUGGUCGACACGGGGAGCUCGGCUGACAUACUCUACUUCGACUCCUUCCAGAAGCUCGACUUGGCUAGGGAGAACAUGAAGCCGAUAUCCUCAGCGCUCACCGGAUUCACAAGAGAUUCAAUAUCGCCCCUGAGGGCUAUCACUCUGCCCUUAACCUUAGGGGCCCCGCCAAGGUCGAAGACGGUGAUGACCACUUUUCUUGUGGUCGACCUUCCCACUGCUUACAACGCCAUACUUGGCCGGCCGACCCUCAACAAAGUCAGAGCCGUAGUCUCAACCUACUACCAAACCAUCAAGUUCCCGACUCACGCUGGGGUCGGGGAAGUUAUGGGAAGCCCCCGAGAGUCCAGGCGAUGCUACCUGAUCGCCGUUUCGUUACACAAGAGGGCCAGGAUCGAGCCACCACUGGAGGAUCCGUGA